ACUGAACACAAUCUUUCACUUUGGUUUCUUCACAAGUCACUUCCUUGUUUGUCUGACUGAUUCUCUCUGCCUGCCUCUCCUCAGACUAACAAUGGCUGAAGCCCAGCUGUGUGGAUUACAGGACGAGUUCACCUGCUCGGUGUGUCUGGACACCCUGACUGACCCCGUCACCAUCCCCUGUGGUCACAGUUUCUGUCUGAAGUGCCUCAUGGACUGCUGGGAUCAGAGCCAAUUGUGCAGCUGUCCUCAGUGCAGACACAACUUCACCACAAGGCCAGCACUGCGAAGAACUACCCUGCAUAAUGAAGUCAUCAAGAAAUUAAAGAAGACAACAAUCAGUCCUCCUCCGAGUCCUCCUCCUCCAUCUAAGAAUUAUGCCGGCCCUGGAGACAUGGAGUGUGAUUUCUGUACUGGGAAGAAGUUCAAGGCAGUGAAGUCCUGUCUAACCUGCUCAGCCUCUUACUGUUGGACUCACCUGCAGCCUCACUAUGAAGUAGCAGCCCUGAAGCACCACAAGCUGGUUGAUCCUGAUAGAAAUCUGAAGGAGAAACUCUGUGAGAAACAUCAGAAAAGUCUGGAGAUAUUCUGUAAAACUGAUGAGAUGUGUAUCUGCAUGAUGUGUGUGGUAACUGGACAUAAAAAUCAUGAAAUGGUCGAGCUGGUGAUGGAAAGAGAAGAAAAACAGAAACAGCUGGGGGCGACACUGAGUGACAUCAAGAGGAGACUUGAGGAGAGAGAGAAGACACUGAAGGAGACGAGGAGAACUAUGGAGGAGAUGAAGAUGUCUGUGGACAGAGAAAUGAAAGAAAAUGAGAAGAGCUUCACUGAUCUGAUACGGUGCAUUGAGGAAGCCCAAAGAAAACUGACUGAGAGGAUCAAAGAACAAGAAAAGAGAGAAACAGAGAAGGCUAAAGGAGUCAUGGAGCAACUGGAGAUGGAGAUUGAGGAGCUGAAGAAGAGAGAAGCUGAGCUGAAGGAGCUGUCAGAGACCAAGGACCAUGUCCACUUCCUACAGACUUUCUCAUCUCGCUGUGUCCUUCCUGCUGAUGGAGACUUGCUGAGCUACACUGUCACCGCUGAUUUCACUGCUGAGGACCUGAGAAAGGAGCUGUCAGAUCUGACAAAGAAUCUGGAGAAGAUCAGCCAGUGGGACAUCAUGAUAAGGACUCCAUCAGCUCAUGAAGCUCCAGUUUUCACCCUCCAGCCUCCUGAACCUCAGAGCAGAGACGACUUUUUAAAAUACUUCUGUCCCCUCACACUGGACAUCAACAUAGCAAACAGAGUCCUCCAUCUGUCUGAAGGGAACAAGAAGGUGACACGUGAGAGGACAGAAGCCAAAUAUCCUGAUAAUCCUGACAGAUUUGACUACUGGCCUCAAGUUCUGUGCAGAGAGGCUCUGACAGGGACUCGCUGUUACUGGGAGGUGGAGUGCAGUGGAGACUUCAUGAUGAUUGGAGUCGCAUAUAAAGGACUGGGCAGGAUAGGACAGGGCUGGGACUGCGGCCUUGGAUACAACAACAAUUCCUGGAGUUUGCAGUGGUCUCAUUCCCAGUACUCUGUGCAUCACAAUAACAAGCAGACUGUAAUCAGCGCCCCCUACAGCCCCAGAAUAGGUGUGUAUCUGGACUGGCCUGCUGGCUCUCUGUCAUUUUAUAGUGUCUCACACACAAUGACCCUCCUGCACAGGUUCAACACCUCCUUCACUGAGCCCCUCUAUCCAGGGUUUGGACUUGAUCCUGACUGCAGUGUAACAAUCAGCCAUCCGAUCAUGUGGAGCCCAGGGGGGCAGGGCCACUCGACACUGCAGCUGGAGUUCCGCUCCCAGGGGUAUUUAAGAAGAAGCUGCAGAUGAAAGAGCCGCUCCAACACUGGGCUCUGCCCUGUAUGGUGGGCUCUGAUUUAUGUUUUGAUUUUACGGUGGUCUUUUUGGUCUGCUGUGGUUUAGGUUAUUUGGAUUUUGGUCGCAUGAGGUUUUUGAUUUUUGAUGCCUGCCUUUUUAUGUUUUUUUAAGCAUUUAUUAAUCCUUUAUUUCAUUUUAAAAAUAAUUAUUUAAAUAUUCUGUAAAGUUUCUUUGGUGUUAUUGUGUCAGAAUUAUUUUUGUUUUUCUUUAUUUACAUUUACUCACUUAAGAGACGCUUUCAUCUAAAAGACAUUAAAAGUAAUAAAAGGUAUAUUGAAAACUCCAAA